CUGCCGGGUGAGCAAAGCGGACAGACCCGGCUGCAUCGGCUCCUCGGUGCGCGGCCCAGCACCUGCUGCCCUCGCCCGGCCCGGGGCGCCGCUGCCAUGCGGCUGGCGCUGCUCUGGGCCCUGGGGCUUUUGGGCGCGGGCAGCCCUCCGUCCUCCCGGCCGCUCCCAGAUAUUGGUGGCACUGAGGAGGAGCAGGCAAGGCCAGAGAGGACCUUAAGUGGGUCCUUGGAGCCCCAGAUCCUUCAGGACAACUUCACACUCAGCCUAGCGGAGGUGCUUCAGACCAACCUGCCCGAGGCUUUGAGGAUCAAAUUGGAAUUGGAUGGUGAGAGUCAUAUCCUGGAGCUGCUACAGAAUAGGGAUCUAGUCCCAGGCCGCCCAACGCUGGUAUGGUACCAACCUGAUGGCACCCGUGUGGUCAGUAAGGGACACACUCUGGAGAACUGCUGCUACCAGGGAGGAGUACAGGGCCACGCAGACUCGCAGGUCUCCAUCUGCACCUGCUCUGGGCUCAGGGGCUUGGUGAUCCUGUCCCCACAAAGAAGCUACACCCUGGAGCUGGGGCCUGGGGACCUUCAGGGUAACCCCGUUGUCUCCCGGAUCCAAGACCUCCUUCUGCCAGGCCACACUUGUGCCCUGAGCUGGCGUGCCUCUGUGCCCACUCAGGUUCCUCCCGAGCACCCCCUGGGAGAGCACCACACCCGCCGGUGGAGGCGGGAUGUGGUGACAGAGACCAAGGUCGUUGAGCUGGUGAUUGUGGCUGAUCAUUCCGAGGUCCGGAGGUACCCAGACUUCCAGCACCUGCUGAACAGAACGCUGGAAGUGGCCCUUCUCCUGGACACAUUUUUCCGGCCCCUGAAUGUACGGGUGGUGCUAGUAGGCCUGGAGGCCUGGACCCAGCAUGACCUGAUGGAGAUAAGCCAGGACCCAGGUCUCACGCUAAGCAACUUCCUCCGCUGGCGCCGGACAGACUUGCUGCCUCGAUUGCCCCAUGACAGUGCCCAGCUGGUGACGGCUACUUCAUUCUCUGGGCCCAGGGUGGGCAUGGCCAUUCAAAACUCCAUCUGCUCUCCUGACUUCUCAGGAGGUGUGAACAUGGACCAUUCCACAAGUAUCCUGGGAGUUGCCUCCUCAAUAGCCCAUGAGUUGGGCCACAGUCUGGGCUUGGACCACGACUCACCUGGGAACAGCUGCCCCUGUCCAGGUCCAGCCCCAGCCAAGAGCUGCAUCAUGGAGGCCUCCACAGACUUCCUACCAGGCCUGAACUUCAGCAACUGCAGCCGACAGGCCCUGGAGAAAGCCCUCCUGGAUGGGAUGGGCAGCUGCCUCUUUGAACAGCUGCCCGGCCUGCCCUCUAUGGCUGCUGUCUGUGGAAACAGGCUUGUGGAGCCCGGCGAGCAGUGUGACUGUGGCUUCCCGGAUGACUGCACUGAUCCGUGCUGUGAUUACUUCACCUGCCAGCUGAGGCCAGGGGCACAGUGUGCAUCUGACGGACUCUGUUGUCAAAACUGCCAGCUGUGCCCAGCUGGUUGGCAGUGCCGCCCUACCAGAGGGGACUGUGACUUACCCGAGUUCUGCCCAGGAGACAGCUCCCAGUGCCCCCCCGAUGUCAGCCUGGGGGACGGCGAGCCAUGUGCUGGUGGACAGGCUGUAUGCAUGCAAGGGCGCUGCGCCUCCUAUGCCCAACAGUGCCAGGCUCUCUGGGGACCUGGGGCCCAGCCCGCCACACCACUUUGCCUCCUUACUGCCAACACCCGGGGGGAUGCCUUUGGGAGCUGUGGACGCAGCCCUAAUGGCAGCUAUGUGUCCUGUGCCCCUAGAGAUGCCGUGUGUGGGCAACUCCAGUGUCAAGGGGGUAGGGCCCAGCCUCUGCUGGGCUCAGCCCAGGAUCUGCACUGGGAGAUGCUGGAAGCCAAUGGGACCAGGCUGAAGCUGAACUGCAGCUGGGUACGCCUGGACCUGGGCAACGAUGUGGCCCAGCCCCUCCUGACUCUGCCUGGCACGGCCUGUGGCCCUGGUCUGGUAUGCAUCAACCAUCAGUGCCAGUCCGUGGAUCUCCUGGGAGCACAGGAAUGUCGAAGCAAAUGCCAUGGGCAUGGGGUCUGCGACAGCAAUAGACACUGCCACUGUGAGGAGGGCUGGGCGCCCCCUGACUGUACCACCCACAUCAGAGCAACCAGCUCCCUGACCACAGGGCUGCCCCUCAGCCUCUUGUUGUUGGUCAUCCUGAUACUGCUUGGUGCCAGCUACUGGCACCGUGCACGCCUACGCCAGCGACUCUGCCAACUCAAGGGACCCAGCUGCCAAUACAGGGCAGCCCAGUCUGGUCCCCCGGAACGCCCAGGACCCCCGCAGAGGGCCCUGCUAAUGCCAGGUGUCAAGCAGGCUAGUAUUCUUGGCUUUCCAGCGCCCCCCUCCAGGCCGCUGCCUCCUGACCCAGUGCCCAAGAGACUCCAGGCUGAGCUGGCUGACCGACCCAAUCCCCCCACCCGCCCUCUGCCCGCUGACCCGGUGGUGAGACGCCCGAAGGUAACAGUGGGGGAGAGAAGGGCACAGCCUCUCCCCCAACCCAGGGCUGUGGUGCUGGUAGCCAUGGCAGUGGUGGCCUUGGCGAGAUACCUUCUCUGUGCCGGAGGGGCAUGUACCCGAAUGGCAUCUUUAAUGGUGACAGGUUUGGAGACAAAGGUGACCUCUGAUGCUACCCCUGACAAUCUGGUGUUCCCCAACACCAGUGAGUCGGGAGUGGGCAACAUGACACCCCCUCCCAAGCCAGCCUCCUGCCUUCUUUCUCUCAGUCCCAGGGGCCUGCCAAGCCCCUACCCCCGAGGAAGCCACUACCUGCCAAUCCCCAGGACCGGCGACAUUUGGGUGACCUGCCUGGCCCAGAAGCAGGAAUCCCGCCCCCAGUGGUACCCUCCAGGCCUGCGCCACCGCCGCCAGCAGUGUCCUCCUCGCUCUACCUCUGACCUCUCCUGAGGUUCCGCUGCCUCCAACCCGGAUUUAGGACUCAAAGAUGGACACGCCCCGUAAGUCUCCCGCAGUGACUGAGGGAGCUGGAGUCUGGAAGCUACGGAACAGGCAUCCUAAGACACCCAGCACCUCCGUGCGCAGUUCCAGCAGCGAGCGCCCUGGGGACCCAGCCAUGCAGUUGUCGCAGGGGCUUGGGGAGGGACCGGGCACUGAAUCGAGCUGACGGAGGUGCGCACAGCCUGUCUCUGCUCAGUGGCAAUAAACUUUAGACCUUGGGGGACGUGCCUCCUUCGGAGUUUGUCGGCUCAGGGAAAGGUGACACUGCUGCGGUUCCAGGUAUGGCCGCUAGGAGACGCUGUCGCCUCAGACGCAGACGGGAUGAGGGAGGGCGACAGUCUCACGCUGGGUCAGCGCGUGUUCGCGGGAUGCUCAAGGCUUCUUUCUACCCAGUCCGGAAUAGCUCUCUGCGCAAUCCAGUAUCACGGAGAGUUGUACACCCUUUGCCACCCCCAAUCGCCAAGAACUCGCCUCCAAACACUGUGUAGCCCCUGGAGGCGGCUAUGAACAAACCGGACAAACAGCUGGACUCGACGUCCUCACCCUAUGACCAGUGUCUGGAAAAAGUGGAUCUAGCUGGUGUUCUCGGAGCCCCGGAGCAGGGCGGCGGCUCCCACGAUCCCUAGACCGCGCACCUGCCUCCUCCUCCUCCCCCCACUCCACCCCCACCUGAGGGCUUGGGAACAAAGGUGCUUUGUACAA